AUGUUGGUGCCCCGAGGAGGCGGCCUCCUUGCCACCGCCGGCUACCAGCAGGAAGCCGGGAGUUCGGUGCUCUUCGAGCACUGCUCGGCAGAUCGUGACGGCGGGGGUGCACACUUGAACCAGACCUUCACACAGGGCCCCAAUAGCUCUGCCAUCUUUCGCAGCUGCAUGGCGGGACAAGACGGAGCCUGGGCAGCAGCUUGCCCGACGGCGUACUCGUGCCAGUUCGAGCCUUAG